AUGGCAUGCUGUUGCAAGUCUGGUCGAAUAAAUAAGUCUUCGGUGAGUUGUCUUGGUCGUUGCGAUCUGCCAAAGCACCGAUGCUUAAACAAAGAGGAGAUAAAACCUGGCCCCGUGCCCAAGCACAUGGGAUGGCAUUACACUGCAAAGGACGCACCCGAACAUCAGCUAAGAUGUGGCUGGCGUCCAGGUCACAUUUCAUGUUCCGUCCUCAGAAAAAUUGAACGGCAUAAUUGCAUGAAGAGUGGUGAAUGUGGUACACAUUGUACCAUUUCUUGUUCGAGACCGACUUGCUUAAAGCCUUGUUGCACGACUCCCAAAUGCGUUUCAAUCUGCCCUUCAACCAACUCCUGUAAGCCCCCGAUUUGUGGACAACCUAUUAUAAGAGUUAUAAGACAUGGAGGUCAAUACAGUAUUUGUACAAAACCCUCAAACAUUAUCAAUGCACCUUCAGGUCCUUACCCGUUGAAGUAUGUUCUUAACACCGAUGACAGUGAAGACAAAGAAGGAACAGCCAAAUAUAGCGUAGAAGCAAAGUUUAAUGAUUACCAUUUUGAUUACACUAGCUCGCAAUCAUCUUUUGUGCUUGAUUUUUCGCCGCCAAAUCAAAAAUGUUACAAGACGUGCCCGACAAAAAGUGCUAUGUGCUUGCUUAGUGAGGCUAAAAAAUAA